AAUCUUCAUUAAAUACUCACGUCUCACGCCCACUUCAAACUAGCUCUUUGAACCCUUUGUGACAAUGGAUGUGGUGAAUGCAAUGAUUCAAGAAAAGCCGGUGGUGAUUUUUAGCAAGAGUUCUUGCUGCAUGAGCCACUCCAUCGAAUCAUUAAUACGUGGUUUUGGAGCAAAUCCAACAAUUUAUCAGCUAGACCAACUUCCAAAUGGACAUCAAAUUGAAAGGGCACUCGUGCAGCUGGGAUUUCGACAGAGCGUACCUGUUGUGUUCAUAGGCCAAAAGCUGGUUGGUAAUGAAAGGCAGGUGAUGAGCCUCCACGUCAAGAACCAGCUAGUCCCAUUGCUUAUACAAGCAGGUGCUAUUUGGAUUUAGAGUAAUUAAGUUAUUUCUCCCUGGCAGAGGACAUGGAUCAAUGUCAUGCGGCUGAUAAGCUACUAGUAUUUUUAUUUUAUUUUCCUUUUCUUUGUUCCAAGCAGCAGAAAAUGAUAAGAGCAAUCGCUCAGAACCUCUUAAUGCUACUAGUUAUCCUGAUAGGAUAACUCUUUUUGCAAA